AUGUGCAGCAGGUUCCUGAGACAGCUAUUGGCUCAGGAGAGCCAGCACUCCACCCCUGUGGGGCGCUUCCUUCUUCCCGUGCUCACGGGAUUCCGUCUCCUGAUGCUGGUUUCCAGUGGACCUGGGGUUUUCGGCAAAGAUGAGAACGAAUUCAUAUGUCAUUUGGGGCAGCCAGGCUGCAAGACCAUUUGCUAUGAUGUCUUCCGCCCUCUCUCUCCGUUGCGCUUCUGGGCCUUCCAAGUCAUCCUGAUGGCCACACCCAGUGCCAUUUAUGUGGCAUUCACUCUGUAUCAUGUGAUUGGAUACUGGGAGGUACCAGGAAAGGAGAAUAAGGAGCAAGAGACACGGAUUUGCACAGGGGAUCAUAGCAAGGAUAUCUCAGGGGCUAAAAGCCUCAAACUUCUCUGGGCCUAUGUGGCACACCUUGGGGUGCGGCUGGUCCUUGAGGGAGCAGCUCUAGGAGUUCAGUACCAUCUGUAUGGCUUCAAGAUGCCCAGCACUUUUACAUGUCGUGAGGAUCCUUGCAUUGGCAGCACAACCUGUUUCCAGUCUCACCCCUCUGAGAAGACCAUCUUCCUCAAUACCAUGUUUGGUAUCAGUGGGGCCUGUCUCAUAUUUAUUUUCUUAGAGCUUGUGCUUUUGGGUUUAGGGAGGUUUUGGAGGAUGUACAAGCACAAACUUCCCUUCUUAAAGAACUUGUCAACCUCAAAGAGCUCCGUAAGACACAAGGACACAACCGACGACUUGUCAGUGGUGGAAACAAAAGAGCCAUUUUGAGAAGCAGAGUUAUAAAGUUGCCUGGCUUGCCUGCAGAAAAUUCUGGGACUUGAUCUUCUUCAAUACAUCCAGUGAGGUGGCCGGGGAGAUGGGACAGUGGGUAAAGUGCUUGCCAUCAAGCCUCAUGAUCUGAGAUUGAUCUCCAGAACCCACAUGGAGAAGGGAGGAAACAAACUCCCACAAAUUGUCCACAUACAUGCUAUGGAGAGCGCACACAUGCAAACACACACACACACACACACACACACACACACACACAGUAAUAAUAGAUAAAAUAAUAAAAUCUCAGAAAACAAAACCAAACCUCCUGCAUCAAUUAGCUGUCACUUCUAACUUAUCUCUCCUGUCUCUCUACUAAACAUAAGCAAACACCA